AUGCGGUGGAACACGAGAGAAACCCCCGGACACCAAAUUCUUGGCAUUCAACGCGCGGCGCAGCUCUCAUCGGAGAACGCAGAACACGACGCUUUUCGCUUCAACGAGGAACAAAAUACGCUCAUCGUGAGCACCCCGGCACUCGAAAACGCCGUCAAAUACGGAGGAGUGCACUCUAUAAGCCUCAAGGGACAAACCUACGAGGUUGUAGCGUACGCAAUACCGCCAGACGACACCAUAAAGGGCGUAAUUCACGGGAUACCGGACGAAGACUCCGAGCAAGACGUUCUAAACAACCUAGUCACGGCGAGGAACCCAAACGUGCUCCACGCCAGACGGAUGGGCCGUUCCAAGUCGGCGGUGGUACUUUUCAAGGGCCAGAAGGUGCCGUUCUGGAUCAUGUACGGCAACGUGGAGUACAAGUGCAACCUGUACAAGAAAAAGAUCGAAGUAUGCGGUACGUGCGGCGGAGUCGGACAUCGGUCCGACGUGUGUCCGCGACCGAAAGAGCAACGGUGCAAGAUUUGCAACACUCUAAACCCGACAGACGGCCACGCGUGCUCGCCGUCGUGCGGCAUCUGCGGCAAGGCUCACCCCACGGGUGACACACGAUGCAAGCAGCGUUUCAAGACGCCGUACAUCCUGCAACAGCGGCAGUGGGAGAAGAAGAAGAAACAAGAGGAGAGCAGGUUCAAGGAAGAGGACUUCCCGCCGUUACCCAAAGGACGGUCCAGCUCCCGACAGCGAGUCAGCUGGGCCGGGGUGACCGACCACAAGGCCUCGGAAAAGAAGAGCAAGGAGGCCAAGACGCAGAACGACAAGUUAGACGAGAUCCUUGUCAUGAUGCGACAACUCCAGGAAGAAAACAAGGCUCUACGCGUGAUGGUAGAGAAGACCGAGAAGGAGAACGCAUGGCUGAGGACACAGCUUCAGCAGAAAAGCAACGAGACGGAGAAGGAACCGGAGAAGGCUUCGCCACCCGCGAAGAGGAAGAUGGUCGUAAGACCGGGGCAAGAGACGGUCGCAUUGGAUAAGGCCGAGGCGCCGCUGCAACAGGAAGUUAACAAGCAGGUGGUCGAGCUGAUGUGCAACCCCGAGUGGCUGACGCAGCUGGCUAGGCACAUGGAACAACUACGUACGGCACAAGUCCAAUACGUGAAUAACAAAGACGAAAAGGAACGACCGGAUUUGAUUGCCUUACAAGAGGCGAAACAACUGGCCAAACUGUCGGGUUACAAGUCCUACGGCAUGGAUACCAAGGAAAAGACGCAAGUGGUCACGUUGGUCAAAAGGAACAUACCGGUCGUCGUUCAUGACACAGGCGUUUCAACAGUAGAACACGUGCUAAUCGAGAUAAUCUCGGGGAAGAAGAAAGACCAGCGCAGCCUCUUCGUGCUGAACAUCUACAGCAGCCCGGCGAAACGGCACAGAUUCGCUUCCCUCUUCCAAGCAACUCUGAACAUCGCCAGACGCCAGACACUGGUCGUGGUUGGGGACUUCAACGCCCAACAUCCGGACUGGGGAUACAAGAUCGAACGACCCAAGGGCCGAAAACUGUGGAUCGACUCUCACGAAUGCGGACUAUCCCUGAUCACCGAUCCGGAUCAUCCGACGAGGAGAGGAGCCGCCCGACAACAAGACACUACGCCAGACCUUACGUUUGUGCGCUAUGCAAAGGAUGCAGAGUGGACAAACACGUGGGAAGACCUGGGUAGCGACCACUAUGUGCUAAAGAUAACGAUCCGCGCGGGCCCUGGAAAGCCGCGGGGCAGAAAGUGCAAGAUCACGGAAUGGGAUAAGUUCCGAGAGCUGAUGGGCGAAUACGAGACGGAAGACGUCACAAACAUUGGCGAGUGGAUGGAAUGCCUGCUGGCGGCUGCCGAGCAGACGACCAAGGUGAUUCCGGAAGAAGCGGACGUGGCCGCUGCAGAUAGCCGACUCUUACACUUAUGGGAGGCUAAGGCUAGUCUGCAGAAGCGGCAGCGUACGCAACGUAACAAUCGGAACCUUCGAAGAAAGAUCGCUGAACUCAGCAGAACGAUCGAGACGUACGCUGACCAGGUUACGCGUCAACAGUGGCAGGAUACCUGCGAAGGGUUCGACGGUCAGCCCAAUGUACCCAAAACUUGGAACAUACUGCGGCACCUACUGGAUCCGGACGGUUGUAAGACGGCUCAGCGUAGCAAGAUGUGCGAGAUCAUUCGAAGUCACAAGGGUGACGAGGACGACCUAGUAGAGGAGAUCCGUAAGCGAUAUAUUGGUGACAACCCGCCGAGAACACCCACGACAUACGGCGGUGCAGACAACGAGGUGCUAGACGCGGACAUUUUUGAGUUUGAAGUUGCCGAGACACUGCGCAACUUGAAGACCAAGUCUGCUCCGGGACCGGACGGUGUUACCAACAAGAUGCUGCGGAACCUGAGCAACGAAGCCAUAACCGGCAUCACAAAGUACAUCAACGAGUGCUGGAGACAAGGCCAGCUACCACGGCAGUGGAAAACGGCCAAAGUGGUCCUGAUCCCAAAACCAGGCAAGAAGCCUCAGCUCGACGCUCUGCGCCCAAUCUCGCUCACGUCCUGCGUGGGCAAGAUAUUGGAGCACGUCGUUCUACGGAGAAUCAACGACUUCAUGGAGAGGAACCAAUUGUUCCCUCACACCAUGGUUGGAUUCCGGCCACACUUGUCUACCCAAGACGUGAUGCUGAGGCUCAAGCACCAAAUCAUAGAUGGCGAAAAAAGCUCUCAUCUCGACACUAGGGUGAUCCUGGGCCUCGACCUUACGAAGGCCUUUGACACUAUCAGGCAUGAUGCGGUCCUUGAGAACCUGGAGAAGCUGGGCGUAGGGCGACGCACGUUCAACUACAUUCAAGACUUCCUCAGCGAUCGGACGGCGCAAAUCUCCAUCGGUGGCGUCACGUCCGACGACAUCAAUCUAGGCGGGCGAGGCACACCUCAGGGCUCGGUCCUGUCGCCAUAUCUAUUUAACGUGGCGAUGAUUGAGUUGCCUGCGAAGCUCAGCAAGAUCGAGGGGCUGCACCACAGUAUAUACGCAGAUGACAUCACGCUCUGGAUGACCGGCGGCUCUGACGGGUUCAUCCAAGACACGCUACAAGAAGCGAUACGGACGAUUGAGGAGUACGUCACUCCGAGGGGCCUAACUUGCUCUCCACAAAAGUCGGAGCUCCUCCUCCUCAAACCUGUUCGGUCCCGCCAGCUGCCGUCGGACAUCGCGCUCUACUCGCAAGGACUGCGUAUCCCGUCGGUGAAGAGCAUUCGCAUCCUGGGUCUGCGGGUCCAGGCGGAUGGCAACAACUACGAGAUGAUCGAAUCGCUCAAGGCGUCAACUUACCAGAUCACCCGGCUUAUUUCACGCAUCUCAGGCCGUCACUUCGGGAUGAGGGAAGGAAAUCUUGUACGCCUCGUCCGCGCUUUCGUCGUGAGCCGGCUGGCAUACGUCCUUCCCUUCCUACGGCUCGGGAUGGCGGAGAAAGCCAAACUUGACUGCUUGAUUAGGAAGGCCUACAAGCGAGCACUUGGCAUCCCGGAUUCUACGUCAAACGAAAAGCUGGCGGCGCUGGGCCUACAUAACACCGUGGAAGAGAUCGUCGAGGCGCAACGGACGUCUCAGCUCGAACGGCUAACAAAGAGCGCGACCGGGCGUCACAUUCUCGAAAACCUGGGCAUCCGCUACGAAAGACAAACGGGCGAGAAAAUAGACGUGCCGAGACGGGUCCGGGAGAAGCUUACCAUCCCAAACCUGCCACGUCACAUGCACCCCGUGCACCAUGUGGAGCGACGAACGGCGAGAGCCAAGGCCCUUCGAAGACUACUAGAGAAGGAAGAGGGCGUCUACUACACGGACGCUGCGAGGUACGACAGGGAUGCCAUGGCCGCAGCCGUGGUUGACAAGCAAGGGAAGAUCGUUGCGAGCUGCAGUGUCCGGACGACAGAACCGGAGGUAGCCGAGGAAGUGGCCAUCGCUCUGGCACUCAAGCUGCAAGACGCUAAAAUCAUUGUCAGCGAUUCGCAGAUGGCGAUUCGCCAAUACGCCAAGGGACGGAUCUCGCCGGUUACGCUUCGAGUACUAGGUGAUCCUGAAAAGACUGCGAAGGUGAAGCUGAUCUGGACUCCAGCACACUCGUCGCUCCCCGGCAACGAGGAGGCUCACGACGCGGCCCGAGGUCUCACUCGCCGGGCCGGAGCAACGUCGGACCCCUCCAUCGAAUCGUCGUCGGGGGGCGACAGACUGGUUACGUUCCGAGACAUCCUCGAUCAUUACGCCGGCGAAAGGAUGCGCUACCCUCCGGCGCAUCCCUCGCUGGACAAAAGACAAGCGGUAGCUUGGCGGCGACUACAGACAGGCACCUACCAUAGUCCUGCCCAGCUCAGCGGAUGGUAUCCGGAUCGCUACAAGGGAAACUGCCAGCUAUGUGGUGCAAGAGCGACUCUUCGCCACAUUAUUUGGGAAUGCAGCCGGCUCGACCGCAAAGCCCAGCCACUACUAAAAAAGAUCACCAACCAAGAGAGCUGGGAAGCUAUUCUUCUCUGCACCGACCUUGAGGUGCAGGAACAAGUCGUCCGACUGGCCGAGGACGCCGCUGGAGUCCAAGGGAUUCUGGCCGUCGCCUAAGGGGUGAUUGGGAGGGGACUCCUAGAUGG